AACCAGAUUAAUGAUGUCACAGAUGAAAGAGAUUUUCCUCUGAGAAAACCCCCACUGGAGGAACUGCUCCUUGAUGGGUCAGGCACUGUGGAGGCUUUCUCCCAGACAACAGCAGCAGCUUCAGGAAGAGCUGGCCGACCAACUGACUGAGAGCGGAGGAGGCAGACGAGACCAAGGGAGAGAUGGAGGUGGUUCCCAGAGAAGAGCACCACAGUACUGUUACAGCCCUGACAUCUAUCAUCUGCUGAAGACACGCAGAGGUAAAGAGCAGCAUGGGUUUAUAGAUCUGGAGAUGCUUCCACCUGAACUAGGCAUCACCAUCCUCUCCUACCUGAAUGCUACUGAUCUGUGCCUGGCUGGCUGCGUCUGGCAAGACCUGGGACAUGAUGAAUAUCUGUGGCAGGGGCUGUGCAAGUCCACAUGGGGACACUGCUCUAUCUACAAUAAGAGACUACCUGCUGGCUUCUCAUACCGAAGACUCUACCUUCAACUAGACGAGGGCAGCUUGACGUUCAAUGCCAACCCACAGGAGGGCAUCAGCUACUUCAUGUCUAAAGGAAUACUAGUGGAUCAUCCCAAAGAACUGGCCAAGUUCAUUUUCUACACCAGACGGCUCAAUUGGAAGAUGCUGCGGAUUUACCUGGAUGAGAG